AUGACUUCUUCGGCUGGCGUUCUGACCUACAUCACUCCUUCGCCUGGAGCAUCGCCUGUCGCUGUGACCAGACAGAGCCAGAUUGUUGGAUCGUUCGUUCCGGAGUUCACGCUAUGCGAGCUACCACCACUGGAGUUCUUCCCGAUCUCGCGAAUGCCGCCAGCCUCGAGGACACCGUUACCUUCUGGAAUUUCUGCUGCACCGUACCAGAAUUACUCCAUCUCGACAUGGCCGGGCAAUGGCACUUGUACCACGAUCUACAGCCCGACUAUCACUAUGGUCUGCGCGACUACGCUGACUGCUCUGGCUGAGAAGUACACCAUCACGAACUGUGCUCAGGACCUGACCUUCUCUACCGAAUACGGAGCUGUGCUGGUUACACCAACGCCAACGCCGGUGGCAUUGCCAUCUCCAAUCAGUGUCUCACUUCAAAACAGCUCUGUCGGCCCCGUCGCUGGAGGAUCGCAAGGCACCGCAGCGCUCCCACCAGCCCCAGGCUCAAAUACCACCGUAGCCCAGGGCACCGGCCUCAUGCGCCGACAAGCGACAGACAGCGCCUCGGCAACCAUCACACCAGGCCCAUCCAUCGAACUCCUAACGACCUACUACCUCGCGCCCUGGCAACAACUCACCGCCGGCGAAGCCCCUACCGACGUCGACCUCAAAGUCUGCCGCACCUUCGCCCUCAACGACACCACGGAGUGCAUCCGCGAGUAUCAGCACUGGACCACCUCGCUCGUCACGGCCUCCCGGACUUCUACCACCAGCGUGAAUAUUUCCACCACGAUCCAUGGACGGAGCCAGAUUAUUGUUGAGACGUUUGUGGCGAAUGUCACGGAGAUGUUGACGACUUUUAGCAUGUCUACGACGAUGGAGCUGGAGUAUCAGACCGAGUGGACGACGACGCAUUCAACGACGAGGGAGAUUGGGGCGGGGAGUACGAGUACGGGGCCGACGGUUUAUGAGACGUUGACGGUGGCGCAUCCGAGUAGCACGGCGAUGAGGGCUGCUGAUGAUAGACAGGCCAACGUCAGCAGAAGCAACGACUACAAGCUGGACGACGAUCCGCUCGACCAGCACCAUCUUUGCGGGUACGACUACCGUUACAAUGGCAAGCGGAGAGGUGCCUCCGACUGGUGCUCCGACUACACCGGCGCCUGCUACUACGUAAGUUGUCUCUUCCUUACUGUGGAUCGAUUUGAGAGCUGA